AUUUUGGGUCAGGGGAGACCCGAUCCUAAUGUGACAAGAUACGCACUUGAAAGAUGGCCGAACCUAGGGAUAAGUGACUCCUUUAACAGAAUUGGCUGGUACUAGCUGGAGGUGGAGAUAUUGGGUGAAAAAUGAGCCUAAGUAGCCCUCUAUCCAUGGGUAUCGACUGCCUAACUGAUAUCAACCACUAAGCCAAUUACACCGUUCGUCAAAGGAAGGGCUAAGAGUAAGGAAAGGUGAGCUAAGCAUGGAACGAAUCUUCGGACUAUGCUAUCUUAAAUAUCUUAUCGGGGCGACAUUGCGGAAAAGAAUAUCUGAAGAUACUUAAACCGAACUUUGAGUGGGCCAGGCUAGUAUAAAGACAGAAACUCAAGAGCCAUUUUGAGACCAACCUUACAUUCAGAAGAACUAAGGGAAAUAAGUUAAAAUUUAACCGGCAGGACUUUAGAGCAAAAUAAGAGUCCAAAUCAUAAUAUCUCCUCUUAAAGAUGCCUAAUGAUCCUAGGUCUGUUUAUUAGAGUGAACAAAUGGGUAUAAAUUCUAUACUGGAACAAUAGAGAAUCAAUUAUGAAGAUUAAUUAUCUAUAUUAUAAUAAAGGAUAAUAUGAAAAGCCAAUAACCUUUAGGUCGAGGCUUAGUGUUGGACACUUUGUAUAGCAAACUCAUAAGAUAAAUUGGCCAAGAGAAUUUUGAUGAUGAGGAUAAGGUGAAUAUGAUGAAUUAGGUUAAUUUUAUUUUGUCUCUUAUAACUUGUAGAACAUAAAGAAAGAAGUAGAAAAUAGUUGCUUAAUUAUGAAACUGCA